AUGACGGCCCGCGGCCAGGACGGCGCGACGAGGAAGGUCUCUGUGCGGUCGCGUCGCCGUCAGCAGGAGAAGGAACGCCUCGCCAACCAGCCUUUCGCUGUGUCUCCGCCGCCGCAACUCCGCCGCGGUCCGUCUGUUGGGUGGUUUGGGCAGCUUAGUACGAACUGCGGGAUGGCGUGCGGGCUUCUCCUUUUUGCUGUAUUCCUCGGUUGCCUGCCGUCGGUCGGCGGCACGGCAACCGUCCCCUUCAGCCGCACCGUCGUCCGCGGCCGCCACAUCCUCACGAGGAAGGAGUACCUCGACACCUUUCCUGGCGACACGGCUGGGUGGGCACAAUACAUGGAGGACCAGUACUUUGCCGAGCGUGGCGUGUCCCUCACGGACGACGCCGAGGAGCGAGCCAGGGACAACCCGAGGGAGACGCUCGGUCAGGCGAGGAGCCGGCUCUUCAACGAUCGCGUCCGCUCGCCAAACAAUCGUCCAACCGAGCUCAGCCAGGCCGCAAACCAGUCCCGAGCGCAGAGGAAGCGAGAGAGCCCCGAGCAGCGCGACAAGGGAAAGCGAGACGACCGCACACGGCGGCAGGCCAAAAGGGCGAGGCAGGCUGCCGCUCGCCCCGCCCGCCGCGCUUCCGAAAUACUCAACGGCUCGCUGCUGGUCGAGGGGAGCGACGUUGGCAAGCUCGCUCUCACAAAGGAAGAGCAGAGCACCUCCACCACGUGCGCUGGCUGUGGCGCCGAGCUGCUUCCGGGCGAGGUCACCUCGUCCAACCCUACUUACGGCUCCAUAUGCUGCAAGAAGAACAAGGUCUCGCUCCCGCCCAUCUGCACGCCCUGUCCGGAAGUCACCAAAUUGUGGCACGAUGCUGAUGGCGUCGUCGGCAAGACACUUCGGAAGUUUGCCCGCGCCAUCAACAACACGCUAGCAUUCGCCUCGCAAAAGGUCAAGCGGCCGAACAAUCUUCCGGGCUCAAGCACGUGGAGUCCGACCGUCGUGAUCCAGGGCAGAGUCCACCACUUCAUCGGUGACAAAACCUACGGCCGCCAAGAUUACGCCGAGGUGGCUGUUCUCAAGCCCGACGCCGAUGAGAAUGGCCGAGAUAUCGUGGUCAAGAUGCGGGGGGGCGCGCUCAAGACAAUCAACGAGACACAUCGAGGGUACGACCCACUUCACUUCGUCAUCCUCCAUCCAGCUGGCGACGACGGAUGGAAGAUCGGGAUGACCAAGACUGGCAGCAAGCAGUCCAUCAGUCCCUGCGACUUCUACGCCUAUCGUGAGUACGUAUGCAGCGCCUUUGCAAAGGCGGAGCAUUGCAGGCUGCAAUGGCAGCGUCACAAUCAGACAACUAUUCGGGCCGUGCUCUACCAAAACCUCGUCGACCAUGUCGCAGCGGGGGACGCUGGCAAGAAAAUCGGCAAGCGUGUCGUUCUCAGCAGCAGCUUCGUCGGCGGCAAUCGAGAUCUGCACCGACGCUAUCAAGAUGCGAUGGCGGUCGUUCGCGCGCACGGUAAACCAUCCUUCUUCAUCACGUUCACGUGCAAUCCUAACUGGCCCGAGAUUGUCAACUCCCUCCCCAAGGGGCUGAAGGCGUGCGAUCGACCAGACAUUGUGAGCCGAGUCUUUCGUCAAAAGCUGAAUGAACUGCUGACCGACAUCAAAGAAAAAGCGAUCUUUGGGACCGCCAAUGCGAACCUUUCCGUCACCGAGUUUCAAAAGCGUGGGCUGCCGCACGGUCACAUCUUGUGUAUCCUCGAUAGCCAGUUCCGCCUCACCUGUGCCGACGAGAUUGACGACACCGUUCUCGCAGAGAUACCGCCGCUGCCAGUUGGCCCUCGCCCGAAUGACGACGAGCAGGCCAAAGCGUACGAUCAAGCCGUCAGGCUGCACGAGGCCGGCGGGAGCUCUGGUGACGAGUGCGGCUCGGCGGCCGCGGAGGCGGCGUCCGACAGUGAGUCGGAGUCUUCCCUCCUCGAGCAGGCCAUACGGGCGGCGGGUGAUGUGUGCGGGCCGUCGACAUCGGCCGUCGAGACGGGCAACUCUCUCGAGGCGGGCAACUCUUCCGACGAGGACGCCUCUCACUGCGAGACGCUCGGGGCCGACGACUCCUCCGAUGCGUCCUACACCGACGGCGACUCCUCCAGCAUCGACUCCGAUGUCGGCGGCGCCUCCGACGAGGACAGCGACGCGUCUUGGUUGCCCUCCGACUAG